GGCUGGUGAUGUGUGUGCCUUCACCAGCAACACCCGCUUCUCCCAGGCCGUGAAGAGCACCUUCCCCAAUAUGAACAACACCCUGAACAAUGUCCAAAUCUACCUGGCUUCCAUCCCUCAGCAAGUCGAUGUUAUCACUGAGAGGAGUGACAUCCCACUGGACCACGUCAACCGCAGCCUUCGUGACAUUGGGCACAACCUGGGUGGCAUGAUCACCUUGAGCAUCAGGAAGAGCAUGGAUGGGGCUCUGGAAUCCCUCCGGAGUCUCUUGCAAGGGAUGACGAGGCUGGAGGCCAACUUCAACAGCAUUGCCACCAGUCACUCGGACCUCAAGAAGCUGCAAAGAGGCUACAGCCAGCAGCUGGACAGCCUGCAGCUUAGCCUCAACCAGACCCUGCAGCGCUGCGGCUCCCCCUGUGACGGCGUCUCUCUGGACAGCCUCGCCUUCUCCACCAACUUCAGCAUGAUCCCCAGUGUGGAGCAGCAGCUGGAGGCACUACAUAACGUGUCUGACUCCAACAUAACAGCUGAUUUAGAGGAGGUUAACACCAUGCUGAACACGACCCCUGACAAGGUGCAAGAGCAGUCCCAGGACUUGGUGGCAAAGACCCAGGACCAGCUGGGCUUCAUCAGGCAGGAGAUCAGAAACUUGCAGGAGCAGUUGCCGUUUCAGGAUGUGGAGGAUAAAGUCAGUGCCUUUGUGGGCAAUGCCACAUCAGUGCUGGAGGGGUACAGGGAGCCAGUCAUCUCCUUGGAUAGGCUCAGGUGGAUCGUGUGUGCUUUCCUAUGCUGCACAGUGCUGCUGGUGGUCCUCUGCAACGUUUUUGGGCUGCUGCUGGGGCCCCUGGGGCUGAAGGAAGGCGUGCUGCCCACACAGCGCAGCUGCCUCUCCAAUGCCGGCGGGAACUUCUUCAUGGCAGGGGUUGGUUUCAGCUUCAUUUUUUCCUGGCUGCUGAUGCUGCUGGUGCUGAUCACCUUCGUGCUGGGGGGAAACGUCUAUGUGCUCAUCUGCGAGUCCUGGCACAAUCAGCAGCUCUUCCAGCUCCUGGACACCCCCGGCCUGAUCCCUGGUUUCAACCUCUCAGAACUGCUGGGGCAGGAGGGUGACACGUCAAACUUCUCAGAGAUAUACAGGCAGUGCCAGCAAGAUGCUCCCCUGUGGCAAUCCCUGCAUCUGAACCAGAGUGUGUCCCUGGAUGAGCUCUUGAACAUCAGCCAGUACACAGAAGACAUCUCCAUGGCUUUCGAAGAGGUGAACAUCACCCUGAGCCCCAUCUCUCUGCUCAGCCAGAACCAGAAAGACCUGCUGCUGAAUGCCAGUCAGGCUGGGCAGCCCCCUGACUUCACCCUCACGCUGGAGCAGUUGGAUCAGAGCAUAACCCAAGGAAGCCUCCUGGAUCUGGCUGCAGAGUUGGAGCACCUGGCAAACAAAGAGGGCACAGGUGUGAAAGAGGACCUGGAGUCUGAUAUUCACAAACUGAGGGAGCUGCACAAGUCGAUGCAGAUGAACUUCUCUGGGCCACUGGAAAGCCUGAAGGAGAAUAUCCACUCGGUGCAGAGUGGGGCUGCCCAGCUUGAGGGACAGACAACAGCUGUGCUGGACAAAGCCUACAAAACACAGGAGUUCCUGAACAGGGAAACACCAAACAUCAUCAAGAACGAGACAUUGGCCUUUGUGGAGCAGCUAUUGGAUUUCUUUGAGACCUACAUCUCCUGGGCCAAGAGCAGCCUGACAGAAGAUGUGGCACGUUGCAAGCCCAUAGCUCAAACCCUGGAUAACGUGGAGGUCAUUGGCUGCGACUAUGUUCUGGACUCUGUGAAUGCCUUCUGGUUCAGCCUGGGCUGGUGCACCUUGUUCCUGCUGCCCAACAUCAUCCUGGCUGUCAGACUUGCCAAGUUUUACCGCCGCAUGGACAUUGCUGAUGUGUACAGGAAUGAAGAAUUUGACAUGUAA